AUGUCUCUGUAUGGAGGCUCGCCUGCCUCUAUACCAUAUAGGGAGGUACUUGAAGUUGGUAACCGUCUGGAAAAGGCCUGGAAAGAAAGGAAGGCAGAAACGUUUUUGACAAAGAUAGAGCAUCGUCCGGUGAGACGGCCUAUUUCUAACGGAUCUGCAUCUGAUAGACCAUCUCUUAUGUGUGCCUCACCACAAGCGACUGAGGCUCAACUACCAAUUAGCUGUUCGAGGAAAUCCAUUUCAUCUGCCCGAAGUGUCCUUGAGUCUCCUCUAUACUUCCGUCAAUAUACCCUCGCAGAUCCUCCGUUGCAACGUGAUUCCAUGGUUGUCAUUGGAUGCACCAAUGGCUUACAGAACAGUAGUGUCUCUAGUCCUCUUGUGCCUUUGCACGCACUUACUCCGCCAACAAACUCUACAGUUGAGUGGAAAGGAUCUCCUUGUGAGAGCCUUGUUGUCAGUACCCCGCUGCGUCAAAGCGUAUGCGUGAAUAACACCAGUCACCAGGUUACAAAGCCUGCCAGUGUGCCCCGCCCCCCACGAGUGUACUCUAUCUCCACAAGACACUCUCUCCCACAUAACCCUUCUACACGCGCUGGAUGCAGUCCUCUCGAUCCUGCACAGCCAAUGGACACAACUGUCUCAGAGUCUAAGCAAAUACCGGGAAGAAAGGGUCAAGUACCGGGGCCAGCUACUUAUGAAGAAGCGUCACUGGCAAAAUGUGACCCUAAAUCUCCUAUUACUAUGUGCACAACCAAGGCAACUGGGAUAGGGCACUGCUCCAGAGUUAGUCAACAUGUGCCGCUAACGGCGAAGAGUCCCUUGGCACGGCCACAGGCAUUGCUUCCGUUUAAUCCCAGACGAACCGCAAAGCAAUUCAGACAGGAGAUAAUGGCGCUAGGCCCGCCACCGGAAGUCAAGCCAAUGGUAAUGACUGCGUCUUGCACACGAAACAGACCCAGAGUUACGCAGUAUGAUUUGGCUACAAAGGGAGCUUCCAAUCUAUUAAGAUUUGAUCGAUUAGAGUUUCGAGUACAUCGCCCACCUUCAACUGGUGCAGGUUUCGUCACUGGCGCCUAUCACAGCAAUGGAGUGCCUCAGAAGCCACUGAGACCACACUCCAUUAAAAGGACUGACAUUACAGGCAGAAAUGUGGUUAUCACGGAAUUUGAUGCCGAUUCUCAGAAUGAUGCAGACGUACUCUUUAGUAAUUUACUUGAUGUACGGUGA